AUGGGAUCAACUCCCCAAGAUUGCAAGGUCUCGGACAACGGAAUCUGGGAAAACGAAUCACCCCAAAAUCCUCGCAACUGGCCCCAUUGGAAAAAGAAUGCGCAGAUUCUGAUGGUCGCAAUUCAUUCAAUGAUGGGGACGUUCAUGGCAGCUGGUAUCAUCCCCGCUUAUGAUGCCUUCGCAGAGCAAUACAAUGUCACGGUACCGGAUGCCAGUUAUUUAACCUCAUGCCAGAUCCUACUUCUUGGCCUAUCCCCCCUGAUAUGGAACCCCGUCACCGCUGUCUAUGGCCGAUACCAUAUCACGCUCCUCUCGGUAUUGGGAAGCAUGGUAUGUAACAUUGGGGGUGCGAGGUGUACUUCCUACGGUGGACAAAUGGCUACCAGAGUCCUCACGGCCUUUCUGAUCUCCCCCCCUAUUGGCAAUGGAAGUGGUGUAGUAACAGAGCUAUCUGAACCUGAACAUCGAGGGAAGAAAUUAGGCUGGUGGACUCUGAUGACCACCAUUGGGACUCCAGCAGGCCCAUUCUUUAUGGGAUUCGUGAUCAAACAUAUUGGUGUUCAGUGGAUCUUUUGGAUCUUUGCCAUCCUCAACUUUUGCCAGUUUUUGGUUUAUCUUGCGAUUGGCGAUGAGACCAUCUACAAUCCCGACAACGAGCGCAAAGUAACUGGAUUCUGGGGUAAACUGAUCCUACGGAAGAUUAGCUCUCAUUCUCUCAAGCCUCUGGAUUUUGUUGCACCGUUUUCUCUAGCGCGCAAUAUUGCCUUGAUUGUUGAAAUGCCUAUCGCGUUUGGGGAGAGAUUUCACUUCGAUGCUCAGCAGAUUGGACUACAGUUCAUUGCUAUUGUCAUCGGUUGCGUGUUAGGCGAACAAGUCAGUGGACCUAUGUGCGAUUGGUUCUUAGCGCGAGUUCGCAAAUCCAGGGGUAGGUCGUGCCCAGCCGAUCGUCUGUGGUUGUCCUACAUUGCCUUUGUGACAAUUUUCGCUGGUCUUUUGACUUGGGGGUUCCAGCUACAGCAUGCGACUAUUUGGAACGUCACACCCUGUGUUGGUGCAGCCAUUGCGAGUUUCGGUAAUCAGAUGCAGACGACGAUUCUCACAACAUUUGCUGUGGAGAGCAGACGAGAUAGGGCCAGUCAGGUUGGUGUCUUUGUCAAUGUUUGCCGACAAUUAUACGGAUUUCUUGGGCCUUUUUAUUUCCCAGAUAUGUUCACUGCCUUGGGCUUUGGUGGAGCUGCGGGUGUGAUGGUUGCGAUCAUCGGUGGAUGUGCUUUACUUCCAAUCAUUGCAGUCCAAUUUGUUUCUACGCGUGCGGAGAAGCGUUAA